UGUUCAUAUUUUGUUUGUUGCGGUUGUACCCGACUCAAGAGCCGCAUGGCUCACAGGGCUAUACCUCAUACAUGAAACUUGAACCUGAAACUUGCACGCAUGAACUAACAUAUCCCUUUGGACAGAGUCCAAAACGGUUGCAAUUGAAGCAGUGGAGAACCGGCUUGACGAUGACGAUGAUGACGAUGAUGCAGCAGCAGUCAGCACGCCACUGCCCAUCGCCAACAGCAACUGGCCACUGCCCCCCUGGAUUUCGGAGGCAUAUCUCUAGCGCCAUCGCUGCCAGUCGGUGACCUUGGCGUGGCAUCUUGCGGGACUCGUCGUUCCCAGCCAUCUCGUUGCACGCACACAAAGUGGGCCGAUGCUGCUGCCUCUCAGCUUGCCACGCGCGAACCGCACGCGACCGGGCUGCUGCUGAUCUCGUCGCCAUCGUCAAGCGGACUGCGGUCGUCAUCCUCGCACCAGCGGCGGCUCUUCCGGCUGCUAAGCCAUCGAACAAAGACGGCGGUGGUCACUGCAUCGUCGCCGCGCGGCGCUUUCAGAUGCGCUUCUGCGGCCGUCUGGAACGCUCUUCCUUCCGAUGUUAGCAAGCCACUGGGAGCUGUGCCACUUGUAAAUCGUAUAGAUCGACAAACUCAUUUCUUUAAGAACUUUUUUUGGCGUUUAGCUUAGCGCGGUUGGCUACGUACGGUGCGAAAGAAUUUCAACAAACUCGGCUUGCGGUGAACCAAUAGUUGCACGACAGCACCGUGCAGACAGUCAUGGGCCUGCAAGUCUCCACAGUUGGCGACUGCCACGAUCCGCUGGCUGGGGCACCUCAACCCCCACGGUGACCGCCGAGUCCAGGGGUCAGAAGGAAACCUGAGCCUCCGGAACCGCACGCGGUGGCUCUUUAAAAGAUUGCGACUGGCACCCCCCCCACCCGCAUCCGAGUCAUUACCGACACUCGCAGACCUGACUCACAAUGCCUCGCUUUUUCUAUAGAUGCACGCGUCGCUACAUUUCAUUCUCGCGGUAACGCACUAAAUGCCACGUGCUUUAUUUGUGUUCAAGUUGUUUGUGCAGAGCCCUGGUAACGGCUCGGCAUGUUAAGGCGCGACAGAACUUGUUAUUCUGUGCCCGUAUUGGCACCUGCGCCACUAUAUAUUUUAAAGAUUGAGUUUCUUCCCCAACCCCCACAGGGAGACAGGGAGACACCUUCCAGAACAAAAGCCUCUGUGCAGUUUGGGUUGUUUGCUGGCCACGUUGAUUCAAGCAAAGCCCCACCAGUCCAGGCAUUGCUUGUACUGAAAUUACGAUGCACUCCCAGAGAAGGCCGUGGGGCCAAUGGGUGGUGUACAUUUUUCAAGUGUAAUAUAUUAUGGAGGGAUGGACAUGCGCAAGAAACAUCGUCUGCUACCUAUUUUGCUACUUUUUUCGUGUUAUUCUAAUCUAAACAUCUUACGCAGACGUAGACAGCGGUUUGUUCCUAGGCCACGUGUUUAGGAGCAGUGGCAGAGUGGGCUGUAGGUCACGCCGAGAACUCUGCCAACCCGAGUUGAGUUCGUGGCGCGUGAUGCGUGCGGACGGUCGAACUCAUUUGGCACCAGUACGUGGCCAAGCGUGCGAAUCUGAACCAGUCCUGACCACCCCGACCGCUUUCACCAACCUGCUCAGGCGAGCACGGUGGCAUGGCCAAGUCCUCGCCCAGCAGUGGAGAUUGACAAAGAGGGCGCACGCAUUUGUUGCUAAACCCGUGACGCUGCUUCCCGUUCUGCAUCGCGCUGUCCAGCUGUACGCAAGCCAGUUUGAUGUAGACAGGGCUGCCCUCUCUUCUUACUCGGCAAUGAGUCUGAUAUGCCAGCCAGCCAGCCACGACUAGUCGAGUACAGAAAAGGGUCUGCAGCUGGCAUGCUGUGCUUUGGAAACACCUCCCGCCACAAACGAUCUACCAUCAACCACGGCACAAAUCCGCGACCUCCAUCCCUCACCCUGACGCUCGUCAAACGCCGAGAAGAGAGCAGCGUGUGGCGUGCGUCCGAGUCCGAGAGGCACAACAAACCAACCGAGUAAGAGACGGAACGGGCUGUUGGCUGCCCGUCCCCUUCUCUCGCCAUGCGACUCGCGUUCUGCCCGCUGCUGAUGGUCGCGGUCGCGACUUUCAUCUCUCAAGGAGAUGCUCAACCACCGACCUCCGCUGCUGCCGUGACGUUGUCGGCGACGAGACGGGGCGAGCUGAUGAACUGCACGUCGCGCUACAUGGAGCUGCAGAUCCCGCUGAGCGAACUGAGCGAGCUCGGCCUCUCGCCGUCCGACGUCCACCUGGAGGACCCCUCGUGCCGUGGCUCCAUCUCGGGGCAGUACCUGGUCCUGCACACCGACCUGCUCGCCUGUGGCUCCACCUCGCAGGCACACGAUGACAACAUUCACUACUCGAACACCGCCUACGGAUUCGUGGCGGGAACCAGAGCCAAGAAGCUGCGCAUCCCCAUGAACUGCUACGUCGGCGCCGAGGGAAGGGUCAUCGCGAGCUUCGCUCCCAGGGUGUACGACAAGUACAGCUCGGGCACCUUCGACCUGAGCAUCGCGAUCUACACCAGCCAGGCCUUCGGCCAGGCCGUCCGCGCGUACCCAUUCCAGGUGGACCUCGGAGCCCCGAUCUACGCAGAGGUCCUGCUCAACUCCUACGAUAACAGCCUGCAGCUCCUGCUGGAGACGUGCAAGGCUUCCCCGAACCCAGGCGCCGCCGACAGCGAGUCCUACGUCAUAAUUAGAGAUGGGUGCCAGGUGGAUCCUUCCUACGCCACCUACUACAGCGGCGACGAGAAGAGGCAGCACUUCAGCUUCCAGAGCGUGGAGUUCUUCAGCGGCUCUCAGGUGUACCUGGAGUGCAACGUGCGCGUGUGCAACAUCUCGGACGUGAGCUCGCGCUGCCGGCGAGGGUGCGUGCGGUCCAAGCGGUCCGUGCGUGACCUCGUCAGCCCGGAGAAUCGCGCCGAGCACAAAGUGGACCUCUCCCAGGGCCCUGUGCUGCUCCGCAAGACGCGCCAGGCUUCCGAAGUGAGCGGCUCGCUAUCCGGAAUGGUGUACGCGCUCGCCGCUGCUCUGACCGUGGCCGCUGUGUGCGUGGCCGUGGUGAAGAUCUCCCGCAUGCACAGCGCCGGCGCCCAGUACCAACUUCUCGUGCCCACCGAGGAGUGAAGAAGGGGCCAGAGGUCGCGCACUAUUUAACCAGGGGCUCGCACCUUCCUUCCUAAUCCUUCCUUCUGCCUAAUUGCACAUGUAUCUCAUUGUUCGAGAGCAGCUCCGAUCACAAAGGCGACCUCUUUCGUGAGAUCGAGAGGCACGGUAUGCUAUAAUAACACUUUGAUUGAAAUGUGGUGGGAUGGAAAAUUCGUCACCUGAUUUUAAAUGCGUUUGUUAAGACGGGGCAACAUCAGCAUCACGGAAGAUCCAGGAUGGUGAUGCUCUGCAGCCUCUGGCCUGAGAGAGGCAGCACUGGCUAUGUAUUUGAUUCCAGGAUCUGGUAGAAGUGUUGUGUGUGGCUGUAUGGGGAAAAAAUAUGCGCCUUUGGAGUGAGUCAUUUGCAAAAGUCUUCAAGUGACUGCGGCCACCAAGUGAACUCGUAAAGAGUAAUCGAGCGCCUUAAAUUCCGUUGUAAAAUGUUAAGGGAAGAGUGCGUAAAUGUACUUCUCAUUAAAUAAUGAUUUUAAAAUGUCGAUUGCUGUGAGUGGAAGGUGCCCUGAGUAAAGAGAGCCGAGGGAGUGCUUGCUCUGGGUGUGGUGUCUGUUUAAGUCUGUUCAUUAAAGACGCUUUUCUCUGCA